ACCAGUGGCUACCAGUACUGCCCAGUGCUGCGCAGUGACGCUCAGGGCAGAGCAGUGCUGCCCAGGCAUCCCAGUGCUGCCCAGUACUAACCAGUUCUAACCAGUCCUGCACCUCAUUGCACAGUGAUGCCCAGUAUUGCCCAGUACUAACCACUUCUAACCAGUCCUACACCAUAUUGCCCAGUGCUGCCCAGUACUGCCCAGUACUAACCACUUCUAACCAGUCCUGCACCAUAUCACCCGGUGGUCCCCAGUACUAACCAGUACUAACCAGUUCUGCACCACAUUGCACAGUGAUGUCCAGUAUUGCCCAGUACUAGCCAGUACUGACCAGUCCUGCACCAUAUUGCCCAGUGCUGCCCAGUACUCACCAGUCCUGCACUGUAUUGCCCAAUGUUGCGCAGGACUGUCCAGUGCUGCCCAGUGCUGCCCGGGCAUCCCAGUGCUGCCCAGUGCUGCCCAGUACUAACCAGUUCAAACCACUCCUGCACCAUAUUGCCCAGUGCUGCCCAGUAUUGCUCAGUGCUGCCCAGUACUAACCAAUUCAAACCAGUCCUGCACCAUAUUGCCCAAUUCUUCCCAGUAUUGCCCAGGCAUCCCAGUGCUGCCCAGUGCUGCCCAGUGCCCCAGCCCCUCUCGGGCACCAGGAGGGUCUCACAGCGUGUCAGCAGCCCCCAGCCCUCCCCUGUCCCCAGCCCUGGUCACUGCACCCAGAGGAGCCCCCAGGGGCUCCCCCCGUGCUCCCAGCCCCUCCGCCCUCUCCCCAGCUGCCGAGCUGGCCCAGCGCCCGUCACGGCCCGCCACCAUCCCCCCGAUAAGCAGCCGAGCCCGUCCCAGGGUCAAGGGGACGCUGCCGGGCGGGUAUAAAGGAGCGGGGGCCGCUCAGCCCCGCAGCCGCCCCACCAUGCUGCCGCUGGCCGCCCUGCUGCUGUGCCUGGCCCUGCUGUGCGCCUGGGGGCUGGCACGCCGGCGGGGUCCCACGGGGACGGGGACGGGGCGGCUGCGGAGCCUGCCAGCCCUGCCGCUGGUGGGGAGCUUGCUGCAGCUGGCCGGGCACCCCCAGCUCCACCUGCGGCUCUGGCGCCUGCAGGGCCGCUACGGCAGCCUCUACGGGCUCUGGAUGGGCUCCCACUACGUGGUGGUGGUCAACAGCUACCAGCACGCCAGGGAGGUGCUGCUGAAGAAGGGGAAGGCUUUCGCCGGACGGCCCCGCACCGUGACCACGGACCUGCUGUCCCGGGGGGGCAAGGACAUCGCCUUCGCCAGCUACGGCCCCCUCUGGAAGUUCCAGCGCAAGCUGGUGCACGCCGCCCUCUCCAUGUUCGGGGAGGGCUCGCUCGCCCUCGAGAAGAUCAUCUGCCAGGAGGCCGCGUCCCUAUGCGAGACGCUCAGCGCCGCGCAGGAUGCAGCCUUGGACAUGGCCCCGGAGCUCACGCGAGCCGUCACCAACGUGGUCUGCUCCCUCUGCUUCAACUCCUCCUACCGGCGCGGGGACCCCGAGUUCGAGGCCAUGCUGGAGUACAGCCAGGGCAUCGUGGACACCGUGGCCAAGGAGAGCUUGGUGGACAUCUUCCCCUGGCUCCAGAUCUUCCCCAACAAGGACUUGGCCCUGCUGAAGAAGUGCCUCAAGGUCAGGGACGAGCUGCUCCAGCAGAAGUUCACCGAACACAAGGAAGCCUUCUGUGGGGACAGCGUGAGGGACCUCAUGGAUGCCCUCCUGCAAGUGAGGCUCAGCGCCGAGAACAACAGCCCGCCGGCACCGGGGCUGGAGCUGACAGACGACCACCUCCUCAUGACGGUGGGGGACAUCUUUGGGGCUGGCGUGGAGACCACCACGACCGUGCUCAAGUGGACUGUGCUCUACCUCCUCCACUACCCUGAGGUCCAGAGGAGGAUCCAGGAGGAGAUGGACCAGAAAAUCGGCCUGGCCCGUCACCCCCACCUCAGCGACCGCCCGCUGCUGCCCUACCUGGAGGCCACCAUCAGCGAAGUGCUGCGCAUCCGGCCCGUGUCCCCCCUGCUCAUCCCACACGUGUCCCUCACCGACACCAGCAUCGGGGAGUACGCCAUCCCCAAGGGCGCCAGGGUCGUCAUCAACCUCUGGUCCGUGCACCACGACGAGAAGGAGUGGGACAAGCCCGAGGAGUUCAACCCUGGCCGCUUCCUGGACGAGCAGGGCCAGCACAUCCACUCGCCCUCGCCCAGCUACCUGCCCUUCGGGGCCGGGAUCCGCGUGUGCCUGGGCGAAGUCCUGGCCAAGAUGGAGCUGUUUCUCUUCCUGGCCUGGGUGCUGCAGAGGUUCACGCUCGAGUGCCCCCAGGACCAGCCCCUGCCCUCACUGGAGGGCAAGUUCGGCGUCGUGCUGCAGGUGCAGAAGUUUCGGGUGAAGGCCAGGCUGCGGGAGGCCUGGAGGGCGGCCUCGUGACGGGGACACCCCACAUCCCGUGCGAUGGUGGGGUGGGGUGGGUGGAUGCCACAGAGCCCUCACCCUGCCUGCCUGGUGGAUGUGAGGCUGCCUGAAUAAAGCUGUUCCCAACCCA